UCUGUACUACAUAAAAUUUAUUAUUCGAAAUUAUAAAAGUUUAAAACUCUGUAAACUAACGAAUAAUGCCUAACCUGGAUUUUUCCAGUAGCCAGUGGAAUGGAAAUCAAAGAAGUAACAUCCGAGGAAGCAGAGGAUAUCCAAAAAGAGGAACCAGAGAAGGUGCUGCGAAAGAGUGACCGGAUCCUGGACAAUGCCAAAGAAAAUCUGUCACCCAAUGAGAUAGCAAAGGUUGACGAGAUCCUGCAGAGUCUCCAGAGAGAUGUAAACUGCCUACAUGACGGUACCAGGUUCGCUAAGCGGAAGGCUCUGGAGCGGAUCAGGGCUCAAACCUCUGCUAAACUCGAACAGGGAGUUCUAUCGGGAUUAUUUGCUGGUUUGUGUAAACCUCUGCUGACCCUGUUCCACGAUUCGAUAGAGAAAUGCAGGGAGACCUCCGUUACCAUGGUUACAGAGAUAACGGCGCAAAUGACUGAUAUCGAAGCUUAUCUACCCUACAUCGUACCUAUGUGUGUCAUGAGAUUAGGCCAGAGAGAGAUAGUGGAGCCCAGUGAGGAGAUAAGACAACUGAUCCUGGAGCUCCUUAUCCAGAUAAUAUCUCUCGCUCCCUCUGAGAUACCACUCUACUGCCAGGAUAUUAUGCUCAUCUUAGUCAGAACUAUAGACGACCCGUUUGCGGAGGUAAAGAAGCUAAGCUGCACGUGUCUGAUAAACCUAACACGUGUUGCGCCGCGCCAGUUCCACACUGGUGCUAAUGUGCUUCUCAACCCUCUUCUUCACAGCAUCAGUCACCAGCAUCAAAAAGUGAGGACGUUGGUGGUUCGUGCGUUGGGAGCGUUACUUAACAACGGUGAUAACAAGAUGAUAGAUGACCUUAUCACUCAUCUUGCUCAAAGAACGUUUGACCCGUGUCCGCCCGUGAGAGAAGCAGUGUAUGAGAUAGUUGGAGGGUGGAUGGUUACCCUAAUGGACCGGUACAGUUACUUCUACAAGCUGCUGCCUCUUCUCAUGACGGGGAUUGAGGAUGAGGUGCCGGGUAUUGCUGUUAACUCUGCGGAAAUGUUUGCUGCUGCUGGGAAACAGUGGGAGGAAGAGAAUGAACAGGAUAUCAAGGACGAGAAAGAUUUCGCAGCAGCAGCUCCGGUCUACUACGGAGUGUUGGAGGGAGUGACACGUCCUCGACUAGGCUGCAGGAUCUUGGUGGUGAGGAACAUCAGUAAGAUACUGCCUGGUUUGCUGAAUGAUCUGAACACCUGGGUCGAUGAGACGAGGUUGAAGAGUGUGAGACUUCUCUACUCGCUCCUGCUUUACUCAGAAACGAGCUCGACCCAGCAUCUGGAGAAGAUUCUGUUCGCUCUGUACAAAUCCUGCAUGGAACCAGGCCUGGCCUCCGAGAUAGACAAAUGUACUCAGACCCUGGCUCAGUUUAUCACACCCUGUUACCUGGAAACCCUUUGUGUUGACUGCUCUUGCUGGUGCUUCCAGUGUUUCCCAACUCCUGUUAGGGUUACUGUUCAUGACGAUGACGCUCCCGUGGGGGUAAGGUCGGAAGUCAAGGUGGAAAAUGUUAAAUCCUGUGAAGUAAAGUCCCGAGUAGGAGUAUCCCCCCAACUCUGCACCUCCUGUCUCCGUGUCCUCUCCUCCCUGAUAACCGGCUCCCAACCCGACCUCCUGCUCCCCGUGGUACCGGAGCUCCUGGACACGAUCUGCAGGCCUGAGGUUAACGAGUCCUCACACGGUCCUCUUUACAAGGAGCUUGCUGCUGUCGUGCAUUCUCUUAUCAACGUUCUGGGGAAGAGUGUGUCAGAUUUCUCGUGUCAAGUAUUCUUCUUGCUACUGAGAUUAUCCAGUGUGAACGGUGAGGAGGAGAGGGAAGAGGUUGAAAACAUGUUCUCUCUGCUCGCAUCCCAUCAGGAAAUCACCGUGGAUGAGUUGUACGUUCGACACGCCCCCACACUUGUAGAACAACUAAACGGGCAACACAAGGAUUGGACCAGACACUCUCCUGAUCACGGCUUAUUCGGAGAACUCCUUCUCAGAUCCGGUAAAACAUGCGCUACAAUAAUGCCGGGAAUCUACAGCAUCUUCAGAGACUGUACUACAAAAGAAAAGGACCCGGAGCUAAGAAUGAGCAUGUUUACCCUCUUAGGACGUCUUUUGAGGGAAGCACCUGUAACCAGUGAGGCUGUACAACAGUUCUCAGUCUACUCGGUCGACAUCAUCAAAGAAAUCAUCAUCCCCAACUUAGAAUGGAGAGCAGGCCGCACAGCGGGCAGCGUGAGAUGUGCAGCUAUUUCUAGUUUGUGGGCUCUUCUCCGCUCGGACCUCCUCACUUCCAAGCAACUCAAACAGGUCCAGGAAGAGUUGAUGGCCCAGCUUGUGAGCACGCUAGAUGACGAUAACUGUGCAACUAGACUUGUUACCUGCAACUGCUUUAAUUUUAUACUUAAAGCUGGAGGAAAGGAAUGUUUUGGUCCGGAUGAGCUUCACAAGCUAUACAUAGAGCUGCUAAAACGUCUGGACGACAGUUCGGACGAACUGAGGAUAGCAGUCACCAACACAUUCUCCACAUUCUUUAGUCUCAUACCGGAGGAUUACGACAAACAGCUUUAUAAAGCUCAUCUCCAGGCUCUCUACAGGGGCCUACUUAUACACUUAGACGAUCCUAACACGGUAAUACAAGAAGCAGUGUACAAAGUUCUAGAAGUUGCCGGAAAGAUCCACCCGGAAUACCUGUGUGAACAUAUCGAGAACGUAAAACACAAGCACCGGUCCUCGCUCUAUUGUGAUAAACUCCUCGCCCUUUUCAAACAAUAACCCUGAACUUUGUAUGUUCCUAAAACCCCCUGUUGAAGUAAACCCCUCCUUCCUUCCUAUGUCUUAUCCUAUGUUUUGUUCUUUUUAGGUGAUAUUUUAGUUCAGUUUUCUUUUUUAAAUCUGUCGGAUUAAAGUUGUAGACUGCAGACAACCCUUAGUGAGGACACUGAAUUUUACAGUCUGUAAUGCUGGGCAUGCAGUCCUAGGCUUAACAGAGUUAAUCACCAGACUAAUUUGGUUACUAAUUUCACGUGCGUGAUAAAAAGUACCACGGGGAAUCGGUGCCCAAAUUGGUAUUUUAUCGAGAGUGCAGUUAGGACUGCCUAGUCAAAUCUAAUUAAUGGGUUGCUCUGAGUUUGACAUCUUUCGUAUUGUACAUAAAGUUUUAUAUUUAUUGGCGCUUCGCUUUAUUGGUU